UCAAAAGAUGGCAAAAUCCGUUUUGUACUUGGUCUUAAUUUGCAUCACAGCAACUUCAAUCGUUUGUGGACUCCACGCUAACGAUGUAUGUCUUGAUGCCGAUUGGUUUCCAUUCGAGGAUGAGAAGUGUGUCAAAAUGUUCACGAGUUUCGCUGAUCGUGAUGACGCCGAACGAAUCUGCAACCAACAUAACGGAACUUUGGUUACAAUAAAAUCUGCGGCUGAACAGAAAUUUCUAACAGAAUUAGCAUUCAACACAACCGAACCAUCCAACAUUUGGAUUGGCGCCCAGCGACGAUCAGACAGUGAAACUGAAUACGAUUGGAAUGACGGCACAGCUGUUUAUCGCUUUACCAAUUGGGCAGCCGGUUUUCCACUGGUUGAACCUGAAAAAUCUUGCGUUAUGAUGCAAGCAGAAUGGUCUCGCCCAUUCGGCAUUUCCGAUCUGGAAUGGUCGAAUGUUGCUUGCACUGACGGUGGGCAUUUCUUUUGUCAGAAAAUGCAAACUUGGCCCGUUGAGUACUUGCAAAAGGCUAUUUUAAAUGCAAGGAGGAAUAAGGAGGACCACGUAUACAGUUUCACCGAUCAGUUGUCGGAUCUGACUACAAAACUGAAUAAUGCGAACACCGAAUUGAAAUAUGUGCACGAUAAUCCGAUUCCGAUUGGUUUUAUUUACACUCAGCUGCCCGAUCAACCCGAACCGGGCAGACUCUGGUGGACAGUCGAAUGGACCGAUAUCACUGAACAAUACGCGGGACUGUUUUUCCGAGCCGAAGGAGCAGGUUCAUUAGCAUAUGGAACAAUACAGGCAGAGCAAUGUCCACGGCUCACAAUGGUCCAAGGACGGAUUGUAACGGGCACUGCUAUUUCGUCAGUUGCAGUUCCGGCGGCUGGUGGUUCCACUCCAAUUCUUUCAGCUGGCGCCACAGGUGCCGCAUCGCAUUGGGGACUAAUGUUUACGGUGUCCGGAGGUGAAGUUCGCCCUCGAAACGCAGCUGUACGAAUUUGGAUGAGAACGAAUUAGAAUUUUGUAUCAACGGUAAUUCCUGUUAAAACAAUGGUUUACUGAUUGAAUUUACAUCAAUAAAUAU